AUGAGCGUCUUGCUCACAAUUCUGUUGAGAAUUGCCGCCGAGGCAAACGGGCUAUUGAGAAGGGUGGCGCUUCGCGGCCGGCGCCCUAGUCUUCUGGAGCGCACUUUCGAGCUCCAGGAGAACCCGUUGGAGCCGCACGGAUACAAGGACCGGCGGUGGCCGCAAAGGCCGGAGGAGGCGACGGAGCGCCAAAAUCCGCGAGAGGAGGCGGAGGGACGAGCUGACGUGCUGGUGAGUUUCUUGAAAGAAUAAUAUUUAAAAAAGAAAGUAAAGCUGUCGGUAUCCAGAAGUCCCUUUGAUCUGCUGCAUAGUGGAACGAGGAACAUUUUGCUCAAAGCUCUAAUCAAACAGACUUCUGAGGCCGGAAGACGGUCCGACCAAACAAGAGGGUCAUACUCCAGCUCCACCGGACCGUUUUAUGUGAGACUCGGACAGUCUCAUGUAAAACGGACGUCUGAAGAUGGAAUACUGUCAAGCUGGGGCGGGCCAGAAAGAUGCCACCCCAAAAAGAGUCUAUCGAACUGGAACUCUGUUCCGAUAGUUUCCCAUUUGGUGCGGCACCGUGAAAAAGAGACUUACGACUGACCGAUCGCUUUGCAGGAGUCGACGUUCGAGGAGCAGGAGUGGCAGUGCGGGUGCUGCUCCGCUCGGAUCGUCGACGAACCGGAGGGGAUCGUGGCGCACAUGCUGGAGCACCAGGAGACCGCCGCCGUUCUCCACUCGUUCAUAGUGGAGUUCAUGACGAGGGAGAACGGGCGGCGCGGCGGUUUCCAUCAACUCCACCGCGUGAUGCACGGUCUCACACGGCAGCACGGGCUCAGUUGCCCUUCCGACGUGAGUGCCUGAAAAUAGAGAUUUUGUAGAAACAAGCAAAAAAGGUAUGCAUGUUGGAGAGAACGAGACGAAAAGAAACUGUUUAGAGACAAGUUAAUGUGAAUUUUACGUUCUUUUGCAGGUGGCCCGUGCCUACCUCGAGCGGACCGUCGAGGCCCAGAGAGAAGAGGAAAGGGAGGCGGCCGCCGAAAGAGCCGCCACGGAGAACGAGCUGCGGCAGAGGCAGCGGGCGCUCGAGGAGAGAUUGGAGGCCCUGGCGGCCGAACGGAACGAGCGAGUCGAUCGGGAGAGGACCGCGGCCGUCAGGGAGGAGGAACUCGAUGCUCGGCACCAGGUAUUCGUCGCCAGGAACAGGGCACUCGAGGCCAUGAUCGAGGGUCUGGUGGCCGACGGAGAGAGGGAGCGAGAGAACCGGGCGGAAGAGCGCAGGUCCCUCGAGCGCCGCCUUCAAGAGGUCGAAGCACGACUGAGUGCUCGGCGGAGCUCGGCUCAGGCGUCGAACGGAUCGGAGGGGGCGAACGAGGAGACAGAUGAUCGUGAGUUGGCCAGUGCGCGGACGAAUCCGGCCACUUCCCCAACAUCAGAAGUGGCCAACGCGGCGGAUUCGGAAGCGCCCAGGAGAACAAGCGAUCGGGAAGUGAGUUGUUUCAAAGUUUGAACUAAACUCGCGAAAAAUCUUACUUUCAGAACUACUCGGCCUCAGAUUCGGGAGACGCCACGAGGGACGAACUGCAGACGGAUCAGCAGGCGGAGCAGCCGAUUGCUGAAGAAGUGGAACGAGUGCUCGCUCGGAGCUCGGAGGGAGCUUUGAAUGGAUCGGAAACGGCUCGCGAGGAGGCGGACGAUCAAGGGCUGGCCAAUGUGCAUUCGGAUUCGGUCACUUCACCAACAUCAGAAGUGGCUGGGACGGCGGAUUCGGGUGUGCAGAAGUCACAAAUCGAUCGGACGGUGAGUUGAUACAAUCUCUGAAAUAAAACUUACGGAAAAUGCUUACUUUCAGCACUUCACGGGCUCUGAAACAGAAUCCGAUCCGCAAGAGGCGGAAACUCCGAGAGACGGGCAGUCUGACGAGCAGCUCGCUCAGAUCCCGGACGAGGCGGAGCCAAUGGAGGAGGAGCAGGCGCCAGGGCCGAUGGAGGACCGUCAGGAGACCCAGGACGAGCGCAUGGAGCAGCAGGCUCGUGGAUCAACGGCUCGGGAGGAGGAGUACUCGGAGUCGGCGAUGGAGCAAGAGAGAGAGGAGCCGCGGAGAGCUCAAGAGGAGCAACGGCGCGGAGAAGAAGCUCAGGAGGAGCAGGCGCGGGGAGCGGGAGCGCCAGGAGGAGGCGAUGACAGGGACGAGAGCGAGGAAGACUCUGCAUGCUCACCGAAAAGGCGUCGGAGCAGCGAGUCCGAGGACCCGGAUACAGUGGGCACACCACAACACCCACGCCGUGUGUCCGACCUCGAUUAUGACUCGCCGGCGCCAGCUCCCAGAGGCUUUCACACGCCACCGUCUCCACAGUCGCCGCCGUCACGACCAAGCUGCGGGAGGACACCGUCGCCGCUGGCCCCAGCACUCACAAACAAUUCGCUGCGGUCGACGGCGACGGUGUACAAUCUGAGGGAUCGUCUUGUUCGACCGACUCUGCUGAAUGUCGGAGUCCCGAACAGGACGAACCGGAAGAGGGUAUGCAAUGCCGAUACCGGAAUUUCGAGCUGAAAAUUUGUUUUUUUUAGAAGAGAACCCGAUGCUCGGCGCCAGCGCCCGGUCGGCAGCAGAUCGUGUUCGGGAACCUUGAGUUCCAAAUCGAUCCGUCGGACGACGAGUUCCGAGCACGAAUCGGCGACAUACUGGGCCGACUUGGGUAAGAUUUCAUGAUUUCAAGCGCCAAAAACUGACUAAACACUCAUUAUUUACAGAAUCGAUUUGGAUUGGCACGCGGCAACGUUCCCGAACGCCUCGCGGGGACGGCAACACCCGAUCUCUCCAAUCUUCUGGACCAUCGUGGAGGUUCCGAAAGCAGUGGCGGAGGAGAUCGGGCGGGCCGUCUCAGAACACCUGGACAGCUUCAAUCAGCUGGAGUACGGCAAUAACGUAGAGGUUUGUUUAUUUUUCGAAAAGAGAAUGUCAGUUUUUGACCACGAAGCUUUGCAGAAGUACGUCAUUGUCGAGCUCCACGACACAAAGGAAUCGCGGACCAGGGACGCAUUUCUGCACGCCGCCGCCAGCAACUUCAGGAUGAUGUACCGUCACGACCGAAACUGCUCCGUCACCGUCUGCCACAAACAUCUACUGGUGACGAGAGACGGUUCAGUCCUCGAGAGGCUGUCCGUGAAGGACAUCAAGGACAAGUUCGCGGCCAACUUCGAUGCGAUCAUGCGGAGCAUCCACCCAACCCAGAGGUCAGGUGUCGAAUUGCUCCUCCAAUGAGAGGAUUCGCCUCGCUAUUUUUUAAUCAUUCUGGAAUAUAUUGAUUUUUGAAAGUUUUAUCGUUUAAUGAAUGUUUUAUGAGUCAGACUCCGUACUCAUCGCAUUCUCACGUUGAAAGCUCAUGGCACCGCAACGCAAAAAGAACACGAAAAAUUAUAAGGAAACCGGAAAAAACGAAAGUUACUUCUGAAAGUAAUACGAUUGAAUUGAAAGAGAUUCGAGAUAGGCAACAAUUGUUGCCUAUCUCGAAACAGUUAACUGUUUUCAAGAAAAAAAAAGAGAUGAAAUACCGAAUUUGACGACGCGUUCGUUCAAUUUCUGGCGGAAAUCGAGUGGAAAAGUGAUCGAAAUGAACGGAAAAGUAAAUAUUUGGAAUUUUGGGGCCACAUUUAAAUGCGGGAGAAGUCAGAAAAUAAAAGAGUAUCGGGAAUUUCGAGUCACCGAUUCAUCGGUCCUCAAGUUUUCGGAAAACAAGUUAGUGAAAAAAUGAAAAAUUGAAAAGAGUGAAGCCAAAAUCGAAAGAUAGCGGGUGGAGGUCAAAGACUCUUUGGAAAUGCGCCUUUAAAAAGACCUACUGUAGAAGCUGGCAAUUGCAAACUUAUUGAACACUUUUUCAGCGCAAAUUCACAAUUCUAUUUGCAUUUGUUAAUUUUUUCCAGAAAAUCCGUUCAAACGUCAUCAAUUUUCAUCAAAUGCUUGAUAACUACAGCCAACUAACACGUUGACGACCGAAAUGUGAGUCAAUUUCCUCGUAAAAUUUAUCUCACGGUCUCCAGAGCUGACAAUAUGGGCGUGACCUCGGCCAAAUGGCGUUUUCAUGAAUUGAGCAGGUUUUCUCUGAUUUUUGUGGUCAAAGGCGAUGAAAAGUGAUUUUUCGCCAUGAAAAUACACUAAUUCUCAGAAUUAAUGACGUUUUGGCGCAUUUUUCGCGGACUUUGCUUUUUCGCCUUCGCCGCCUCAAAACCGCACUUCUCAUUUUGCGAUUUUUUGACCGUUUUCAGACAGAAUUGGUUUUGAGAAUGAUAAAUCACGUAAAUACAAGAAUUUUGAGCGCUCGAACCGCGAAAACUACCGAAAAGCAACUGAAAUUCACGCAGUUUUAACAAAAAAACCUUCAAACGGAUAAAUGUGAUUUGCGACUAGACCAAGAUUAACGUUCUUGCUCUUAAAAAAUUCCUAAUAGCCUAUAAAAUCGCUCUAUCGAGAGACAGAGCAGUUCAUCCAUCCGUGACGCACCUCACAUAUCGAGUAGACCUAACAGACUACACACUCAUAAUCCUAACAGACUACACAUUCAUAAUCCUAACAGACUACACACAGAAAUGGAGAGAAAGGGCCAUUUGAUCUACUCGAUAUGUGAGGAGUAAGUAUAAAAGGGCCCCCGUGGGAAAGAAUAGCCAUUCAUUCGGACAUACCGACUUGGCGGACGGUCGGAUCGUCUCGUUCUGCCCGCGUUUUGGGCGGGCGGACUUUCCAGACCCUCUGCUAAUCGAUAUCGAUCCGAUAUUUUUCCACUUGUUCUUUCUCCCCUUUCUCUCCGUUACUUCAUUUUCUCUUUCAUAUGUCAAGUCCAUACGGAAGUGAAGUGCACUCUAUUCCGAAGCUAUUUCAGCUGUGAUCUCUGUAAAGUUCCUUUCUUAUCCGACAAAAGUUGCAUAAAUUUCAUUUUGCUUCUAAAUGCUCACAGGAUAUCACAUUUGGGAGAGUUUCUGAAAAAACUGCGCUGAACUCUCGGAUGCCUCUAUAUGUAGUAGAAACAAACCGUCCUGUUAUUCCUAUGUAUUUUGUGAAAACCGGAACAAAUGCUCACUUUUUGUCGUUCAGAUCGGUGCUCAAUGAGUUGGGCAUAGUGUAGGGUGUGGCAAACAGUAAAAAUUGCGUACAUUUCUGAGUAAUUCUCUUCUCCCUGCGAUCAAUUUUAAACAAAAUCUUGCCUACCAGUGGUGUCUUUUCGAAUUAAUAGAACUUUUAUGUGACUACAAUAGCUUAGAAGAGGUGUAUUCCUCGGGAGUAUCCGUCUGUACGUCCUUCUCUGAGUAGGGCCACAGCGGUGACCUUCGUGACGUGAUUUGCCCCUGUCACGGAGGAAAAAAAUCACCGCCCCCACCUUACACGUGGCGUGGUUGACCCCCUUCUCUACGGGGCGGCGGCUCUGCGGACCGUGGGUACUUGAUGCGGAGUUGCACGGUCCUUACGGAUCAGAUCCCUUCAAGUGACCCUAACGAUAACUUCUUGAAGGAAGCCUGAGAUGAGAGGGAUGUGGGCAGACAGAGACGGGCACUCUUUGGGGUUAACCUCUUGCGCGCAUAUGACUUACAUGUUAGAAUUUUAGUUAGUAGAAGAAACUGCCACACCCUACUUAAACUCUCUCUCUCUUCUCUCGCUACGUCGGACACGAGAACCCACAAGGAUCUUCGGAAGGCGAGGAAUAGUCACGAAACUUCCCACUCUUGAUGCAAGCAGUGACUGCCACUUUUCGAAGUGUCAGUCAUUAGGAUCUGAUAGAGUAGGAGGGAGGCGCAUUUCGCCGAGCACUUUGUGAGUUUGCAAGCAGAAUAAGAACCAUAACAAUUGAAUGUUUCAGACGUGCACAGGUGUGUCAAUUCUCGCGUUACACGCACAAAUCGGCCUGUACGAGGAGGAGCGGGUAAAGCUGUACCAGCAAUUGGACGAGAAGAACGACGAGAUCCAGAAGGUGUCGCAGGAGCUCGAGAAGCUCCGACAACAGGUGCUUCUGCAAGAGGAGGCACUGCAGACGAUGCGCGAGAACGAGGAGAUCAUCCGCGAAGAGAACUCGCGCAUUCAGAGAGAGGCCGACGACAAGCAGCAGGAGGGCAAGGAGAUGAUGACGAAGAACAGGGCGAAGAACAGUCACGAAACUUCCCACUCUUGAUGCAAGCAGUGACUGCCACUUUUCGAAGUGUCAGUCAUUAGGAUCUGAUAGAGUAGGAGGGAGGCGCAUUUCGCCGAGCACUUUGUGAGUUUGCAAGCAGAAUAAGAACCAUAACAAUUGAAUGUUUCAGACGUGCACAGGUGUGUCAAUUCUCGCGUUACACGCACAAAUCGGCCUGUACGAGGAGGAGCGGGUAAAGCUGUACCAGCAAUUGGACGAGAAGAACGACGAGAUCCAGAAGGUGUCGCAGGAGCUCGAGAAGCUCCGACAACAGGUGCUUCUGCAAGAGGAGGCACUGCAGACGAUGCGCGAGAACGAGGAGAUCAUCCGCGAAGAGAACUCGCGCAUUCAGAGAGAGGCCGACGACAAGCAGCAGGAGGGCAAGGAGAUGAUGACGAAGAACAGGGCGAAGAACAGUCACGAAACUUCCCACUCUUGAUGCAAGCAGUGACUGCCACUUUUCGAAGUGUCAGUCAUUAGGAUCUGAUAGAGUAGGAGGGAGGCGCAUUUCGCCGAGCACUUUGUGAGUUUGCAAGCAGAAUAAGAACCAUAACAAUUGAAUGUUUCAGACGUGCACAGGUGUGUCAAUUCUCGCGUUACACGCACAAAUCGGCCUGUACGAGGAGGAGCGGGUAAAGCUGUACCAGCAAUUGGACGAGAAGAACGACGAGAUCCAGAAGGUGUCGCAGGAGCUCGAGAAGCUCCGACAACAGGUGCUUCUGCAAGAGGAGGCACUGCAGACGAUGCGCGAGAACGAGGAGAUCAUCCGCGAAGAGAACUCGCGCAUUCAGAGAGAGGCCGACGACAAGCAGCAGGAGGGCAAGGAGAUGAUGACGAAGAACAGGGCGAAGAACAGUCACGAAACUUCCCACUCUUGAUGCAAGCAGUGACUGCCACUUUUCGAAGUGUCAGUCAUUAGGAUCUGAUAGAGUAGGAGGGAGGCGCAUUUCGCCGAGCACUUUGUGAGUUUGCAAGCAGAAUAAGAACCAUAACAAUUGAAUGUUUCAGACGUGCACAGGUGUGUCAAUUCUCGCGUUACACGCACAAAUCGGCCUGUACGAGGAGGAGCGGGUAAAGCUGUACCAGCAAUUGGACGAGAAGAACGACGAGAUCCAGAAGGUGUCGCAGGAGCUCGAGAAGCUCCGACAACAGGUGCUUCUGCAAGAGGAGGCACUGCAGACGAUGCGCGAGAACGAGGAGAUCAUCCGCGAAGAGAACUCGCGCAUUCAGAGAGAGGCCGACGACAAGCAGCAGGAGGGCAAGGAGAUGAUGACGAAGAACAGGGCGAAGAACAGUCACGAAACUUCCCACUCUUGAUGCAAGCAGUGACUGCCACUUUUCGAAGUGUCAGUCAUUAGGAUCUGAUAGAGUAGGAGGGAGGCGCAUUUCGCCGAGCACUUUGUGAGUUUGCAAGCAGAAUAAGAACCAUAACAAUUGAAUGUUUCAGACGUGCACAGGUGUGUCAAUUCUCGCGUUACACGCACAAAUCGGCCUGUACGAGGAGGAGCGGGUAAAAGCUGUACCAGCAAUUGGACGAGAAGAACGACGAGAUCCAGAAGGUGUCGCAGGAGCUCGAGAAGCUCCGACAACAGGUGCUUCUGCAAGAGGAGGCACUGCAGACGAUGCGCGAGAACGAGGAGAUCAUCCGCGAAGAGAACUCGCGCAUUCAGAGAGAGGCCGACGACAAGCAGCAGGAGGGCAAGGAGAUGAUGACGAAGAACAGGGCGAAGAACAGUCACGAAACUUCCCACUCUUGAUGCAAGCAGUGACUGCCACUUUUCGAAGUGUCAGUCAUUAGGAUCUGAUAGAGUAGGAGGGAGGCGCAUUUCGCCGAGCACUUUGUGAGUUUGCAAGCAGAAUAAGAACCAUAACAAUUGAAUGUUUCAGACGUGCACAGGUGUGUCAAUUCUCGCGUUACACGCACAAAUCGGCCUGUACGAGGAGGAGCGGGUAAAGCUGUACCAGCAAUUGGACGAGAAGAACGACGAGAUCCAGAAGGUGUCGCAGGAGCUCGAGAAGCUCCGACAACAGGUGCUUCUGCAAGAGGAGGCACUGCAGACGAUGCGCGAGAACGAGGAGAUCAUCCGCGAAGAGAACUCGCGCAUUCAGAGAGAGGCCGACGACAAGCAGCAGGAGGGCAAGGAGAUGAUGACGAAGAACAGGGCGAAGAACAGUCACGAAACUUCCCACUCUUGAUGCAAGCAGUGACUGCCACUUUUCGAAGUGUCAGUCAUUAGGAUCUGAUAGAGUAGGAGGGAGGCGCAUUUCGCCGAGCACUUUGUGAGUUUGCAAGCAGAAUAAGAACCAUAACAAUUGAAUGUUUCAGACGUGCACAGGUGUGUCAAUUCUCGCGUUACACGCACAAAUCGGCCUGUACGAGGAGGAGCGGGUAAAGCUGUACCAGCAAUUGGACGAGAAGAACGACGAGAUCCAGAAGGUGUCGCAGGAGCUCGAGAAGCUCCGACAACAGGUGCUUCUGCAAGAGGAGGCACUGCAGACGAUGCGCGAGAACGAGGAGAUCAUCCGCGAAGAGAACUCGCGCAUUCAGAGAGAGGCCGACGACAAGCAGCAGGAGGGCAAGGAGAUGAUGACGAAGAACAGGGCGAAGAACAGUCACGAAACUUCCCACUCUUGAUGCAAGCAGUGACUGCCACUUUUCGAAGUGUCAGUCAUUAGGAUCUGAUAGAGUAGGAGGGAGGCGCAUUUCGCCGAGCACUUUGUGAGUUUGCAAGCAGAAUAAGAACCAUAACAAUUGAAUGUUUCAGACGUGCACAGGUGUGUCAAUUCUCGCGUUACACGCACAAAUCGGCCUGUACGAGGAGGAGCGGGUAAAGCUGUACCAGCAAUUGGACGAGAAGAACGACGAGAUCCAGAAGGUGUCGCAGGAGCUCGAGAAGCUCCGACAACAGGUGCUUCUGCAAGAGGAGGCACUGCAGACGAUGCGCGAGAACGAGGAGAUCAUCCGCGAAGAGAACUCGCGCAUUCAGAGAGAGGCCGACGACAAGCAGCAGGAGGGCAAGGAGAUGAUGACGAAGAACAGGGCGAAGAACAGUCACGAAACUUCCCACUCUUGAUGCAAGCAGUGACUGCCACUUUUCGAAGUGUCAGUCAUUAGGAUCUGAUAGAGUAGGAGGGAGGCGCAUUUCGCCGAGCACUUUGUGAGUUUGCAAGCAGAAUAAGAACCAUAACAAUUGAAUGUUUCAGACGUGCACAGGUGUGUCAAUUCUCGCGUUACACGCACAAAUCGGCCUGUACGAGGAGGAGCAGGGUAAAGCUGUACCAGCAAUUGGACGAGAAGAACGACGAGAUCCAGAAGGUGUCGCAGGAGCUCGAGAGCUCCGACAACAGGUGCUUCUGCAAGAGGAGGCACUGCAGACGAUGCGCGAGAACGAGGAGAUCAUCCGCGAAGAGAACUCGCGCAUUCAGAGAGAGGCCGACGACAAGCAGCAGGAGGGCAAGGAGAUGAUGACGAAGAACAGGGCGAAGAACAGUCACGAAACUUCCCACUCUUGAUGCAAGCAGUGACUGCCACUUUUUCGAAGUGUCAGUCAUUAGGAUCUGAUAGAGUAGGAGGGAGGCGCAUUUCGCCGAGCACUUUGUGAGUUUGCAAGCAGAAUAAGAACCAUAACAAUUGAAUGUUUCAGACGUGCACAGGUGUGUCAAUUCUCGCGUUACACGCACAAAUCGGCCUGUACGAGGAGGAGCAGGGUAAAGCUGUACCAGCAAUUGGACGAGAAGAACGACGAGAUCCAGAAGGUGUCGCAGGAGCUCGAGAAGCUCCGACAACAGGUGCUUCUGCAAGAGGAGGCACUGCAGACGAUGCGCGAGAACGAGGAGAUCAUCCGCGAAGAGAACUCGCGCAUUCAGAGAGAGGCCGACGACAAGCAGCAGGAGGGCAAGGAGAUGAUGACGAAGAACAGGGCGAAGAACAGUCACGAAACUUCCCACUCUUGAUGCAAGCAGUGACUGCCACUUUUCGAAGUGUCAGUCAUUAGGGAUCUGAUAGAGUAGGAGGGAGGCGCAUUUCGCCGAGCACUUUGUGAGUUUGCAAGCAGAAUAAGAACCAUAACAAUUGAAUGUUUCAGACGUGCACAGGUGUGUCAAUUCUCGCGUUACACGCACAAAUCGGCCUGUACGAGGAGGAGCGGGUAAAGCUGUACCAGCAAUUGGACGAGAAGAACGACGAGAUCCAGAAGGUGUCGCAGGAGCUCGAGAAGCUCCGACAACAGGUGCUUCUGCAAGAGGAGGCACUGCAGACGAUGCGCGAGAACGAGGAGAUCAUCCGCGAAGAGAACUCGCGCAUUCAGAGAGAGCCGACGACAAGCAGCAGGAGGGCAAGGAGAUGA